AUGGCCGGCGAGGCCGCCGCCGCGGCGGCGGCCGGGCGGCUCCUCCUAGCCGCGGCGCUCGUCCUCGCGGCGUGCACCGUCCCCGUGGCGGCUCAGGCCAAGUCGGAGGCUGACGUGCUGAACGAGUUCAGGGCGGCGCUGCGGGGGCCGGACGGCGGCCCGCCGAGGGAGCUGAACCAGUGGGCGACCGCCCGGGGCGCGCCCUGCGUCGUCAACGCGACGCAGUGGCCUGGGGUGAAGCGCUGCAUCAAUGGCCGAGUGGUGGUCCUGAAGCUGGAGGGCCUCCGGCUGCAGGGCGCCGCGCCGGACCUCGCGCUGCUGGCGCCGCUCCAGGGCCUGCGAUCGCUCAGCCUCAGCAACAACAGCCUCACUGGCGCGUUCCCGGACGUGUCCGCGCUCCCCGCGCUCAGGUUCCUCUUCCUGUACCAGAACAGGCUCGCCGGGGAGAUACCCGACGGCGCGUUCGCGGCGCUGAGGGGGCUUCAGAAGGUCAACCUCUCCGGGAACGCCUUCACCGGGCCGAUACCGAGCUCCAUCGCCUCGUCCGGCCAUCUGCUGUCCGUCGACCUCUCCAACAACAACUUCUCCGGGCCCGUCCCGGAAGGGCUCCGGAAGUUGGGCGCCAAUGUCCAACUCCAAGGGAACAAACUUCUCUGUGGCGACUUGGUCGGCACUCCAUGCCCUUCCCCUUCCAAGUCCACGAAAUCGUCAUCCGGGAGCAUGAAUAUACUGAUAACCAUCGCCAUCGUGGUGGUCGCGAUCGGUGCAGUCCUGGCCGUUGCCGGCGUCAUCGCAGCGGUCCAGGCCCGCCGCAACGAGGCACGCUAUGCUGGAGGCGCCGAAACAAAAGGCGGUAGCCCCGACGCCGCCAAGGUCACCUAUGCUCCGGCCGUCAAGAUCGAGAAGGGUGGCAUGGAUCAGCACGGCGGCGUGGUGACGCCCGCGGCGGGGAAGCGUGGCGGUCGGCGCGACGACCACGGGAAGUUGGUGUUCAUCCAGGAGGGGCGGGCGAGGUUCGAGCUGGAGGACCUGCUCCGUGCCUCCGCCGAGGUGCUGGGCAGCGGCAACUUCGGCGCGUCGUACAAGGCGACCCUGCUGGACGGGCCGUCCCUGGUGGUGAAGCGGUUCAAGGACAUGAACGGCGUCGGGCGCGAGGACUUCUCGGAGCACAUGCGCCAGCUGGGGCAGCUCGUCCACCCCAACCUCCUCCCCGUCAUCGCCUACCUCUACAAGAAGGAGGAGAAGCUGCUCGUCACGGACUACAUGGUGAACGGCAGCCUGGCUCACGUGCUCCAUGGCGGUACGAGGUCGAGCCUGCCGCCGCUGGACUGGCCGAAGCGUCUGAAGAUCAUCAAGGGCGUGGCGCGCGGGCUGGCGCACCUGUACGAGAAGCUGCCGAUGCUGAUGGUGCCGCACGGGCACCUCAAGUCCUCCAACGUCCUGCUGGACGCCACCUGCGAGCCGCUGCUGAGCGACUACGCGCUGGCGCCCGUGGUGACGCCGCAGCACGCGGCGCAGGUGAUGGUAGCGUACAAGUCCCCCGAGUGCGCGGCGCAGGGCGGGCGGCCGGGCCGGAAGAGCGACGUGUGGAGCCUGGGCAUCCUCAUCCUGGAGGUGCUGACGGGCAAGUUCCCCGCCAACUACCUCCGGCAGGGCCCCGCGGGCACCGACCUCGCCGGGUGGGUCAACUCGGUGGUGCGGGAGGAGUGGACCGGCGAGGUGUUCGACAACGACAUGCGGGGGACGCGGAGCGGCGAGGGCCAGAUGGUGAAGCUGCUCCAGGUCGGGCUCGGCUGCUGCGAGCCCGACGUGGGCCGGCGCUGGGGCCUCGAGGAGGCGCUCGCGCGCAUCGAGGAGCUCCGGGAGCGCGACACCGCCGACGACAGCAGCACCGCCUCGUCGUUCCUGAGCGACGGAGAGCCGGCGGCGGCGUCGCGGCCACCAGGCGAGCCGCUGUCGCACUCCGAAUAG